AUGGAGGAAAAUAUUACAGCAGGAGUUGCAAGAACAUCAGUAUUGAUUGCAGGUGGUAGAGCUUUGGCAACCAAUUCAUUCAUAAACGAACAAUUAAAGAUCUCUGAGAAGCUCGACGAAUCAUUGAUUCCAUACUAUGAGAAUGUCUACAAGAAAGAACCUUUUUACUCAAAUGUUAUUACUGAGAAAGUUGCAAGUUUUGACCCGUAUGCCUAUUUCUUUUGUUGUACAAAAGAAUCAACUGAAAUUCUCUUGGACCAGACGGAAGAAUUCUUAAACAUGAUUCCCACUAAAUUUGCAAGAAAUAAGUUGGUAAAAUAUCUAUUCUCAAAGAAAGGUUUAGAGUUCUCCACUAUUGAAGAGUCAAGGAAAUAUUGUAUUGAACAAUGCACAUCAAUCCAAACUUUUAGUAUAGUGUAUAUGGAUUCAUUGACUAUCAGAAUCGCUCUCAGAAAUAUUUUAAUUGAUGACUUUUUUAUGAAAAAUAUUAAAGACACUUCAACUCAACAAUAUGUAAUCUUGGGUGCAGGCCUUGAUACACGUGCUUUAAGAAUGCCAUUUGCAGAAGGUUCAACCGUUUGGGAAGUUGAUUUCCAACAGACUUUCCAAUUCAAAGAGAUGGUUCUGAAUAAAGCAGUCAAAGUGAUUCCACCAAUUUCCAAAGCAAAGCUUCAUCGUGUAGCAAGCAAUGUCUUGGAAACCAAACAAUGGAUUUCAAGUUUUGGAGAAACUGGAUUCGACAAAACUAAACCUACCGUUUGGCUUUUGGAAGGUCUUGUAAUGUAUUUGACUGACGAAGAGAUAGCUAUGUUGUGUCAAGAGAUUUCAAUGAUUUCAGCAAGUGGAUCAUCUAUAGUUAUUCAAACUUUGGGUAAACAAGGAUUCAUGAGCAAAAUAAUGUCGUCAUUGGUGCCAACACCUUUAAGAGAUGAAUUCAAAUCAGCAUCUGACAAACCAUGUAACUAUAUUAGUAAAUGUGGCUUUACCAACAACAUUGAAAAUCUUACAGAAAAUGAUUUAUGCAAAAGAUAUCACUUUGAUUUCGCUCGUUCUUUCACAUCUAUGGAUUGUGAUUCUGUCAUUGGUGUCGGAUUCAAACCAUAA